AGUGGGAAAACUGUAACAGAGUUCUUGGAGCUUUUUAAAUGGCGAAACAUCAAAAAUUCAUACUAAGAAGAGGCGAGAGGAUUCAAAGCUUGAUUAAAAAUGAGCUUCGGUGUUCUUCGAUUCUCAAUUUUGUUCUGGGCUUCUGCUCUGGUUGUCCUUUCAGAACCAGGAAGCCUAAUUACUUUCAAUUUUCCAUCUUUCGACAACAGUUCCAGCGAAGAUAUUGAGCUCCUGUAUGAUUCUCAUAUUGAACGCAACGGGAGAUUUAACUUCCUGCAACUCACCAGAAAUGAUGGUGGAAUCCCCUACAGCGAAGGGUGGGCUACUUACAAGAAAUCAAUUCCAGUUUGGGACACAUCUUCCCAGCACCUAGCAAAUUUUACCACGCACUUCGAAUUCUUCAUCAAGCCAGACAUCAACAAUACUUUUGGUCCAGGCGAAGGGCUCACUUUCUUCAUGGCGCCACUGGAUUUCAAAGCACCGGAAUCGUCAGCCGGAAAAUGGCUCGGCUUGUUCAACACAACGACUGUAGGAAAAUCUUGGAACAGAGUAGCGGCCGUGGAGUUCGAUACAGAUAAAAUUUCGCACGAUCCCGACGACAACCAUGUCGGAAUCGAUGUCAAUAGCAUCGUAUCUGCGGUGAAUUAUUCUCUGGUUAAUGGGAGUCUCAAAGACGGGCGAAAGUGGAGGGUUUGGGUGGACUAUGACGGUCGGCAGAAGAAGCUUCAGGUUUUUCUUGCGGGUGAAAAUAAAACGAAAUCAGGGGUUCCAAUCCUAAAAUAUGGCAUAGAUCUGAGGCAAAUUGUCCCGGCGGACGUCAAGAUUGGCUUCUCGGCUACUACAGGGAUGGGGCGCGGGACUCAUACUCUGCUUUAUUGGGACUUCAUUUGCAGAACUUCAUGGAAUGCUUCCAGUGUAAAGAUCAAGGGUUCGAACCCUGUCAAUGACGAAAAGAAGAAGAAAAAGGACGAGAAGGUAUCAAAAUCUAAAUUUAUUUCUGUUUCUGUUGUGUUAAGCUUUCUGGCCGUCGCCUGUUGCUUAGGUAGCGGGUGGCUAUGGCGGCGUUAUAUGAAGACCAAGCGCAGAGCAAUAUCCACGACCGAAGAAGGGCAAGAAGACAUGGAUACGGACCUGGACGAGCAGGUUUCCAAAGGUCCGCGGAGGUUCACUUUCUCAGAGCUCAGCGCCGCAACGAAAAGCUUCAGUGAGGAUGAAAAGCUCGGGCAAGGAGGCUUCGGAUCGGUUUACAGAGGGGUUUUGGAGGAGACAGAGGAGGUAGUAGCAGUGAAAAGGAUUUCGGAAGCUUCCAGACAGGGGAAAAAGGAGUAUGUUGCAGAGGUGAGCAUAAUAACCCGGCUAGGGCACCGGAAUCUGGUUCAGCUUUUGGGAUGGUGUCAUGAAAAGGGGAAAUUGCUUCUGGUUUAUGAGUUCAUGUCCAAUGGAAGUCUUGACAAGCACAUUUUCAGGGAUUCCUCGGAUUCCCCUGUUUUGGAUUGGGAUCACAGGUACAGUAUCGCCUGUGGAAUAGCCUCCGCUUUGGUUUAUCUUCAUGAGGAUUGGGACCAAUGUGUGCUUCACAGGGAUGUAAAGUCCAGCAAUGUGAUGCUGGAUUCGAAUUUCAAUGCAAAAUUGGGGGAUUUUGGGCUGGCCAGGCUUGUGGAGCGCGAUAUGGAGGCUUCUGAGCAUACGACUGUGGUUGCAGGAACCCUAGGUUAUUUAGCCCCGGAAUGUGUGAUAACAGGGAAAUCGACUCCUGAAUCGGAUGUUUACAGUUUCGGCGCAGUUGCUCUAGAAAUUGCCUGCGGAAGAAGGGCUUUGGACCAGAGGCUGAGAGAGAAUUUUAACUUGAGGCUGGUUAAAUGGGUUUGGGAUUUGUUUUCGCAGGGCAGGGUUUUGGAUGCGGCUGCAGAGAGCAUGCGUGGUGAAUUUAAUGGUGAAGAAAUUGAGCGAUUGAUGGUUGUGGGACUGUGGUGCUCUCAUCCGGAUCCUACGGCCAGGCCUUCCAUGCGAGAGGCGCUCAGGGCUCUGAGAUUGGAAACAUUGGUUCCUUGUAUUCCAGUUAAGAUGCCUGUUACUGUGUAUUUAUGCAGGGAUCCCAUUCGGCCACGAGAUGUAUUAUCGUCAGCCUUGUUUGAAAGUAAGUAAGUCUGAAUCCAGCAGGAUUUCGUAAUCCCUUGUGAGAUGAUCACUAACUUCAUUUCAGAAUCCGUGAGUAACUGUCAUCUUAUAAUAAAUUUGGUGAACGGUUGAGAA